GUGGUUUGCUCAGUGUGGACUCACAUUUUACCUGACACCACGGACUAGGAAAUAUCUUUUUACGAGGCUGCAUAAGAUCACAGAGGAUUUUAUUUGCUGUUUGGACUAAAAAGUUAAACAGAGCCGGUGUCCUGCGGGGCUACGUUUUUUCUGUGUCCCACACAAACUUACCUGCACCAACUAGAAAGUCCAGUUUUCGGAGGAAGUCCUAGAAAACACCGGAGUCCUGGAGGCGAAAUGGACAUGGACAGUAAACGGCUGGUGGUGGUGGUACCAAGUGAGGUGGUGCCGUCCCGCAGAGUGUUCAGCAGUGAAGACGAGGCAUGGAGAAGCUACCUGGAGAACCCACUGACAGCUGCCACUAAGGCCAUGAUGAGCAUCAACGGAGAUGAGGACAGUGCAGCGGCUCUUGGACUGCUGUACGACUACUACAAGGUUCCUAGAGAGAGAAGACGUAGCUCCAGUGGUGUUAAACCCUCAGAUCCUGCUGCUCUUGGGUCCAAUAACUGCGGGAGCUUGGAGGAACUAGAUCACCAUCUUCAGGCUCUGAGGUCCAUGCCUGUAAACCUCUCCCUAAACAACAGCACCACUAGCGAACAUCAGGGCUCCAGGUAUGGAGCUACGAACCUCUCAGGAGACACCAGAGGUGGAGAUGGAAAAGGUGGAGGCAGUGCGCCUCUUGCUUUGGUCAAGACAGAGAGUCAGACAUCCAUGCCAGUUCCCUGUUCUGGUGGCUCCUACCAAGAAGAACCUAGAGAGCAGAUAAGGAUGGUGUACGAGCAGAACUGCUAUGAUUUGUCCCUCGCUGGUUAUCUAAAAGAUGAACAGAGAAGCACGCCGGACAGCACGAAUGAGGAUGCUGUAAGAGAAGAGAUGUACCACAGAAGCUCUUCCUCAGGAGAUGAUGCAUUCCACUAUAGCCAACCAAUUGACAGCUUCCAGUACAAUCUGGAGGCCAGCAUGUCACUUCGGCCGCGGCAAGGAGAAGGACCCAUGGCUUACCUUAACCGGGGCCAGUUCUAUGCUUUGACACUGUCCAAGACUGGCUUCAAAUCAUCUUUAAGGCAGUCCAGAGGCAAAAUGAGUGGAGGGAUGCUGUCACAUAAGCCUAAUGGAAGCCCAUCCAGUGGUGAGCAAAGCACCACGAGAGGCUCUCAGCUGCAGCAGGACAGUCUUGUACAGAGUGUUAUCAUGGUUGUCUUUGGAGAAGACAAGUGCAGAGACGAGCAGCUGAAGAAUUGGAAAUACUGGCACUCCCGCCAGCACACUGCCAAGCAGAGAGUCCUGGACAUUGCUGACUACAAGGAGAGCUUCAGCACAAUUGGAAACGUGGAGGAAAUUGCCUACAAUGCCGUGUCUUUCACAUGGGAUGUCAGUGAAGAAGCAAAGGUCUUCAUCUCCGUUAACUGUCUGAGCACAGACUUCUCUUCGCAGAAAGGUGUAAAGGGAAUGCCUCUGAUAAUUCAGAUUGACACCUACAGCUACAACAGCUGCAGUGGCAGGCCCAUCCAUAGGGCCUACGCUCAAAUUAAGGUCUUCUGCGACAAGGGUGCAGAAAGGAAGCUACGUGAUGAGGACAAAAAGCAGCUCAGGAAGAGGAUGAAAGGUAAAAAUGGCAGCUCAGGGCAGAGCUCUCCCAUUAAGAGGGCUGAAAGCACACUGUUCAAAAGCCUGCUGGACCUGGACUCCCAGCCUGUUCUUUUCAUUCCUGGCGUCUACUUUGGAAACCUGCAGAGAGCAGGGCAGGUGUUUGCUUUCAACACUGAGGAGGUCGACAGAGAUGGAGGUGUUCUGAUGAAGAGGGUUUCACAUGUUGGUGAAGAAGAUGUCUGUCCCCCUCAGCCGAAGAAGUCCAAAGUGGAAGUGGAAAGGAAAGUUCUACUGUAUGUGAGAAAGGAGGGUGAUGAAGUGUUUGAUGCCCUAAUGUUGCGCACCCCAACCCUCAAAGCACUGAUGGAGGCAAUCUCGGAGAAAUAUGCAUUACCUGUUGACAAGAUGGCCAAAGUUUACCAAAAAAGCAAAAAGGGGGUCCUGGUGAACAUGGACGACAACAUAGUCCAGCACUACUCCAACGAGGACACCUUCACCCUGGCUAUUGAGAGCUCAGCCGACUACUUGCGAGUGACUCUGUCGGAGAUCUGACGCUUGUUGGCUACAGCACUGCAUUUAUGGGUGAUCGCUAACUGAGGUGAUCAAGUUCGCCAAUGUUUAGAAAUGUAUGAGCAUUGUUAGCAGUAUUAGAGCCAGAGUGUGUUCUUCGAAGGCCAUGUGGGAGCGACGGCAGGAUUUGUUGCCCUGUACAGACCACUGGCUCCGAGAAUGGGAAACCCCCACAUGCCUAACUUCUGCAGCUCAUGCUUAGUGAACAACCUGUCAUGGGAGGAAUUCUUGCACUCGUAACACAGGCUUAUUAAAAUUGAAAACCUAUGGAUGUGAUGUAGGUGUGAAAAGUUUCUUGACCUUUUCUACCUUAUUAGCUCGUAGGAAUUCACUUUUGAAACUCUUUGUGUAACUGUGACUAAGAUGAGAUUCUAUCCAGGUCAUCACAAAGCAUCCAGCCAGCUUGUUGCGGUCUCACAGGAAGAAGACAUUAUAUAUUGGAUUAACAGCAGGGAGCACUGCUGUUGGCUUCCUCUGUGCUUUCUGCCAGCCUUCCAGUUACCUCUUCACAGAAAGUCUAUGCAACAUCUUUUUGUUCCACAGGAGUGUUCAAAGUUAUGGCUAAUUAUUUUGUAUGUGUACAGUUAUUUUUAUGAUGUGUCUUAAGGGAGUGUACUUUAAUCUGUAUUGGUUGUCCGUAUUUUUUAUUGUUGUUUGAUUGGUCAUGUUUGUACUGCAUACUAAAUGUUUCCUAUUGGUGCCAGUGAAAUAACUGUUAUCCCAGGUUAUGACUACCUGCCACUGUCUCAGGAUCUAUAAUUACAUGAGGCAUCAUUAUGAAACAAGACUGCCAGUCUCCAGGAUGCCGUUAAACCAUUCUGCUUCCUCUGUGCGUGUGUUUAUUGCUUUUCCUCUCACUAAAGAGACUGUAGUCAUUAGUAUUUAUGACAUUCGUUAGGGACUCGCAAUGCUCAACUGGUCCAUUCAUUUACAUAGUCUUCUUAUAAGGCUACGGCUAACUGUCAGCGCUCAACAGGAGGAUGUUGUUGUUUUUUUUUUUACCUACCCACUGCCUGCACUCAUACCGGAUUCACUGACACCUUCUUUGUCCUUCAUAUGAUGUACAGUCUAUUAAAUGAGCCAAUAAAUAUAGUUUUAUAUGCAGUC